AUGGCGUCUGUUCCAAAGUAUGAUGGCCCGCACAAGGUCCGACCUGACGCUGUCUACAUAGAGCCGGACGCCAUCUCCGUGCAGAGCACAGACCUACCUACCUCUGGCUGGAGCCUGCAAGGACACGACGUAUCGCCUCUCAGUGCGAGCUUUGUUCAUGAAGAUAAAUGGAAGGAGGUACCGACUACCACCGAAACAUGGCAGGCCCAUGUCGAGAAAGAUAUCAUUCUUCCACGCGCUCAGCGCACAUGGCGCGGCAUGUAUGCCCCUCUUCGUGGCUAUGCGUGGCAAUGGGAGGCGCUUCUAGGUGCUUUGUGUGGAUUGGCCUCAGGAUGCAUUCCCAUUUGUAUGACGUACAUUGUGGGCCGUGCAUUUGCGGCGCUCAGUGCGUACCAUGGACAGCCCGGUGACCAACAUGUGCUCUUGGAUGCCAUGAAAGUGGACGCGCUGGCGCUGGUAGCGCUAUCUAUUGCUGCAUUUCUGCUUCGCAUGCCAGAAACACUGCUGUGGCUACGAGUUGGGGAGCGCGGUGCUCUAGCAUGGCGCUGCAAACUCUUGCGUGUCAUGCAUACGCAGCCAGUUAGCUGGUAUGAUCUCGGCAUGGGCAUGGCACAAGAUACCGUGCAAGACACAGGCGCAGCAGGGCUCAUGUCUCUUUACGCUAGUGAUAUGGACGAUGUGCGUCUUGCGAUGGGCAUCCAUGUGGGUGGAUUGCUACGGCAUAUCGCGACACUCGUGGGCGCUCUGGGCUUUGCCCUUUCACGACAUUGGGCGUUGACAUUGGUCAUCUUUGCUACGGUCCCUGUGAUUGCAGCAGUUACGAUCAUUGGCAGUAUGCUAAUGCAGCCAACAGAAGCAAGAAUCCGAGAACAAGAGGCUAGCCUGGCAUCGCACAUGGAGAUGUGUGCACGCGCCAUCACAACCAUCAAAGCGUAUACGUACGAAAGCACAUGCCUUCGCUCAGGUGAGGCUCUUGUGCGUCGCUUCUGCCGCAGCUACCAGGGCCUGUCAUGGGGCUUGGGAUUGCGUCUCGGAUUGGGUGCUGCUCUGAGUCUGUUGACGUUUGUGCAAGGGUUUGGGUACGGCAGUGUACUGGUUCGCGAUGGACAUACCACGCCGGCGGCCGUCAUGAGUGCCUUUUUAGCUUGCUUGGUCGCUAUGAGCCAGCUCCAGACCAUCCUCAUGCGCCUCAGUGGAUGGGAGCGUGGUAUGCAAGCGGCUGGACGUUUGAGUGCCAUCUGCCAAAGUCGUAUCGCACAUCCCUCCCACAUUCCCACACCUGUAUCGCAAGGCAAGGAAAUAGGAUGGCACACAUGGACUCUGGAGAAUGUCACAAUGGCCUACCCCACUCGACCGACGAUACCUGCUGUGUGUGAGUCGAGUAUGACACUGCCUCGAGGCGCCUGUACGUUUUUGCUCGGUGCGAGUGGCAGCGGCAAAAGCAGCGUUGCUGCACUUUUCGCCCGGUUGUAUGACCCUGCGGCUGGUCGUGUAUGUGUGGACGGCAUGGAUGUACAUGCAUGGCCCUUGGACACGUACCGUAUGCAUGUACUCUAUGUGCAUCAAACGCCAUGGCUUCUGGAUGGCAGUGUACGUGAGAACCUCGCACCGUACGGCGAGGUGGGAGAGAGCACACUCAAAGCAAUGCUGCGUGCCAUGCACCUAGACGCGUGGGUACAAGCUCUGCCCAACGGGUUAGAUACACGGCUCGGUGCGUCCACCGUUAUUCGGCCUAGUGGUGGGCAACAACAGCGUCUGGCGCUAGCUCGCGCGCUCCUACGUGAUCCCGCGCUCCUUAUUCUUGAUGAGCCAACCUCUGCUUUGGAUCGGACCACAGCACAAGCAGUCCAGCAUGCGAUCCGAGUAUGGCGUAAAGGUAAGACGACGUUGAUUAUUACACAUGAUCCUUCCUGGAUGGAGCCAAGUGAUGUGACAUAUACGAUGGUCCAUGGAAGAAUCCGGCCCGGCCGACUUGGCUACGCUGAGGCGCAUCUGGAAGCACCAGGCACGGUGCCAGUGUCCCAUCCUACUCCAGGGUUGUGCGACACGAGUGCAUCCGCCAACGAACAUGUCGCUGGUGGAGAGACCAAUCAUCACAAGGACAAGAAGUUGGCGUCAUCGGGGCGUCCCACGUUCGUCGCUUCGGCACAGUGGUUGUGGCAUACUGUACCAUCGCGAUGGGCCUUGGUUGGUGUACUGGGUGUGUGCCUUUUGUCCGGCUUGACAGUGCCGGCGUUUUCUCUGUGCCUUACCCAAGUUCUAGUACGUCUUGCGCAGCCUGGGCGCACGCAGCUGGGCACAAUGAUUGGAGCGACGGUGGGCGUAGCUAUGGCUGAUGGUGUGGUCAAAGGUCUGCGAUAUGCGCUCAGUGAGUGUAUAGCUGCGUCCUGGAGUGCUCGACUGCGCUCGCUAGCGCUAGCGCGUGUACUACAGCAAGAUUGUACCUACUUUACGGACGAGGAUCAUAAGCCUAGUGCGUUGGCACAUACAUGGACGAAAGAUGCAAAAGACGCACAUGUAAUGAUUACGGAGUGGGCCGGCCAAGGCAGUGUCGUUGUGGCCAUGGGCGCGGCUACCUGGAUCUGGGCAUUAUGUCGUGGGUGGCAGCUAACGCUGUGUGUGAGUGCGUUGGUGCCGGUAGGUGCGUUCACCUUAGGCUUGCAAAGCGCCUGGCUAGCGCGCCAAGAACAAGUGGCCCGGGAGGGACGAGCCAAAGCUGCAGAGCAUGUGUAUACGUACGCGCAGCAUGUCCAUGCAGCACGAGCUACCCACCUAGCUGCCAAGCUGUAUGAGCAGGCGCGCACGCAUGCGCAUGAGGCAGCACGGUGUGGCAGGCGCGCAUCCUGGGCUAUUGCGCUGGGCGCCGGUAUACCGGAAGCGCUGCUGUACAUGGCCGAAGCCGUGUUGUACGCUGUCGGUGCUGUACUCAUGGUCCAUGGCAUCUAUGAUUUGGAGCGUGUGCUCAGCGUACUUAGCCCGUUGGUAUUUGGCCUGUCGUAUGCGUCCAGUGCAGCUACGAUGAUACCUUCUGUCCGCCCAGGCCAAAUUGCAAUGCAUCGUAUGCAGGCGCUGAUCGAGCCAGGAUCGAGAAUGCCGAGCGAUAGCACAGGCACCUAUACCCAUGCUGUGGAUGGCAGCAUUACGUGCGAGCGUGUUUCGUUGCAGUAUCCUGGUCAAGCGCAUCGGGCAUUGACAGACGUGUCGCUUCACAUUCGUCCUGGUGAGCAUGUCGCCUUGAUCGGUCGGUCCGGCUCCGGCAAGUCGAGUUUGUUGGCGCUGUUGCAGCGUUGGUACGAACCGACGUCAGGUGUGCUACGAGUUGAUCACGUCCCUACGACGCAGUGGUCAGCGUCGGCCUUGCGUGCAUAUAUGGCUGUUGUCACGCAGCCGCCCGUCUUGCUCCCAGGGACGAUUGAAGAGGCCAUUACCUCGCAGCCACGUCCGUUGACGUGGGCCGACCAAAUACAGGCGCUGAAGGCAGCGCAUGCUGAUGGGUUUGUACAAGCGUUACCGCUCCAACUAGCUACGCCCUUAGGACCUCAAACGCAGCUGAGUGGUGGCCAAGUGCAGCGGUUGGCGCUAGCUCGUGCGUACGCGCGACGGGCUGCGCGAAUCUGGCUCAUGGACGAGCCUACGUCAGCCCUGGAUGCUGCCAGCCGUAAUGCUGUGGUAGCAGCAUGGCGCGAUGACCCACGUACUAUGCUCAUUGCGACACAUGAUCCGUAUGUGAUGCAGCACUGUGACCGCCUUCUCGUGCUGGAACAAGGAAGAGUAGUGCAGUCAACGACAUGGGCGCAAUGGGCAGGGAUGCAAGCAGAGAAGGAAGACCCUCUGAGCACGAUGUGCGAGAUAGACAAAUACGCGAACUAA